AGCCCACGAGUCAACCACACUCCCGCCGCCACAAUCUCCGGCGAAACCCAAACCACCAUUUUCCGAUCCAAACACCCUUUUCCGUCAGUCAAACAAUAUGACUUUACUACUUGAAGAAGAAGAUAGAUUACAACUUAAUGAAGUUCAAACCCUACUAGGUCAUACUGACAGGGUGUGGGGCCUCUCUUGGAAUCCGGCCACCGGCACCGGAGGUGUUCCGGCCAUGCUAGCUUCAUGCGGCGGCGAUAAAACUGUUAGAAUCUGGCAACAGCGUACUCCAUCCUCUUCUUCUUCCUUUGAUUCCAAGGCAGUAUUAGAAGAGACUCAUACUCGGACUGUUAGAUCAUGUGCCUGGUCACCGUCCGGUGAUAAAUUGGCGACUGCAAGUUUUGACGCGACCACCGCUAUUCUGGAACAAAUUGGGGAUGAGUUUGAAUGUGUAUCCACCUUAGAGGGUCAUGAAAACGAAGUUAAAAGCGUGUCCUGGAAUACAUCUGGUUCACUGCUUGCAACUUGUAGCCGAGAUAAAUGUGUGUGGAUAUGGGAAGUUUUGCCAGGGAAUGAGUAUGAUUGUGUUUCUGUGCUGCAAGGACAUACACAAGAUGUUAAAAUGGUCGAGUGGCAUCCAACUGUGGAUGUUCUGUUCUCGUGUAGCUACGAUAACACUAUAAAGGUUUGGGCAGAGGAUGGUGAUAGUGAUGAUUGGCGUUGUGUUCAGACUUUAGGUGAAUCUAAUAGUGGACACUCAUCUACGGUGUGGGCUUUAUCUUUUAAUGCCACUGGAGACAAAAUGGUUACAUGCAGUGAUGAUCUCACCGUUAAGGUCUGGGGUGUAGACAUUGUAAGAAUGCAAUCGGGUGAGGGGAAUGCACCUUGGAGACAUCUUUGCACUUUAUCUGGUUAUCAUGAUCGAACUAUAUUUGCAGUCCAUUGGUCAAGGGAAGGUAUAAUAGCAACUGGAGCAGCAGAUGAUUCCAUAUGCUUAUUUGUCGAGUCUGAGGAUCAUUCGAUUGAUGGACCUUCAUAUAAACUGCUUCUAAAGAAAGAGAAGGCCCAUGAUAUGGACAUAAAUUCAGUGCGAUGGAGCCCUACGGAAAGCCGGCUUCUAGCAUCUGCAAGUGAUGACGGCACAAUCAAGAUUUGGAAGUUGGAUUCGAUAUAGUAACUUUACAAGAUAAUUGGCAUCUGUUCUUGUGUUUUUAGCUAAUACUGUUUGUACCGAAAUUUUUAAAGAAAGUUACAGUUUAUAAGCAAUCUUGGAUUGGAUAAAGGGAGACAUGAAUGCAGAAGGUCAUUUUAUAUGGCA